AUGCUCAAGCAUCAAUUUGAUCUUAUGUGUCAGCUUAUCCGACCAGAACAAGUCAUUUCUAUUACAAUUGCUGAAAAUAAUGACACACCCGAUCAAUCAAAUUUAUUUUUUUCAAAAUUUGAUAUUCUACAAUUUAUUAAUCUUCGUUCAUUUGCUAUUAUCUCAUCAGAUCAGAGUAUUUUCAGACAAUUGAGUCUUUUAUGUCAAUUUAAUAAUUUUCAAUCGUUAACUUUACCACACAUUUCAUCAACUUAUUGGUGUCAUUUUGGAUCUCAAGUAGAAAUCAUCCUACCUCGAUUGAGACAAUUGAUUACAAACCAAUGUCCACUAUCGAAACCAUUGAACAAUUUAAAAUAUUUAACUGUUACACAUUGUUAUUGUUAUAAUUUGGGAUAUUUAUUUCGUCAAAUGCCCAAUCUUUCUUCUUUGAACAUUACUAUUUCCCUUGAUGUUUUUACUCAAUGGUCGGAAAAAGUCUCAGUGAUGAAUUAUCUAAGACGAUUGAUUCUUUGUAUCGACUAUGGCCGAUUGACAAUGGGUAGAAUGAAUCAAUUUUUGUCGAAAUUGCCUUGUCUAAUGCAUUUUGAACUUCAAAUUACCGAUCCAAUAGAUAUUGUUGGUGGUACACAAUGGACACAGUGGUCUCGACAUUUAAACGUCGAUGUUGAAGAUGUGAAGGAUAUAAUCGAUGGUCAUCAAUGGAAAUAUUCAGUAUCACAUCUUCAAACAUUUGAUUUUCGAUUUUGUCUCUCGCAUAAAUCCAGCGAACAGAUUCUUGAUUCAUUUCGAUCAUCAUUUUGGCUCGAACAAAAACAAUGGUUUGUUGCCUAUGAUGAUCAUCAAUCAUCACCGUGUCUUUUUACAGUACCUCGUUUUGCACCGAAGAACAUUAUUUAUUCGUCGAACUAUCGUACAUUACCAUGCACAUCAUCAGAUCUAUAUUUUGAUCAAUUUGUUGACAUUCUUACGUUGCCCACACUCUGUCCACUGAAGCAUCGUUUCAUCAAUGUAACGUCACUGGUAUCCCAAACAUAUAACACUAUCAGUUUAGAUCAAAUUUUGCCAUUUUUACAAUUACCUCGCUUACAAUCACUUGCAUUUGUCAAUGCACCAGUGUUGACAAAAAAUAUUUUUCAAUCGAUUCGUUCAUUGACGAUCAAUCGCACUGUGAUGAAAUACUCUGCUGAACAAAUAUGCAUCGUAUUUCCACGAUUAGAACGUUUAUAUAUCAAAAUAGAUGAUCCAGACACAAUGCUUUUGUUAAUUGAUAGACUGAAACAUGUAUCGAUUGUUACAUUUGUUUAUUGUCAAUCAUCAUUAUUCAAAGAUUUGACACAUGAAUGGUUUAUUCAAAAUUCGACACGAUUGAUGGCAAACAACAAUUUUACAUGUCAUAAGAAUGGCGAUAAAAUACACUUGUGGAUGGACGUCACAUAA